UUCAAUUGUUCGUACCUGGCCGUGCAGAAUGGACGUGGUUGAAGCAAGUGCUGCAGCAGCAUUGUGCGCCUUUGCAUUUUAUAAUUAUAUUAAUAUUUAUGAUAAAAAAAUAAUUAAAAAACCUUGGAAAAAAAGGAGAUGGUGGAUGACUAAAAUACACCGAAACAGAACAAAACCAACUAUGGAUCGUGUAUUUACAGAGUUGCUUUUUGAACCAUCAGGUGAAUUUGAAAAUUUUAUACGAAUGUCCUCAUCGGACUUUGAAUAUAUAUUAGACAAAAUAUCACCUUUAAUAUCCAAAAACGACACUCAAUUCAGAGAAGCGAUACCUGCCAAAACAAGACUUGCUAUCACUUUAAGAUUCUUAGCUACUGGAGAUAGCUAUAAAAGCUUGCAUUUUUUAUUCAAAGUGUCUAGUCAACUAAUUUCACAGAUCGUGCCUGAAGUUUGUAAUGCAAUUAACGACCUCCUGAAAGAUGAAAUAAAGUUGCCGUCUUCUCCUGAAGAGUGGUUAGCGGUAGAAAAUGGGUUUAGAACAAAAUUUCCCCAUUGUAUUGGAGCGAUAGAUGGGAAGCAUAUCGUUAUACAAAGCCCAGCCCAUACUGGAUCGGACCACUAUAAUUAUAAAAACUCCUUUAGUAUUGUUUUGAUGGCAUUGGUCAGUAGUGACUAUCGUUUCAUGUAUGCAGACAUUGGAAGUCAAGGGCGAAUUAGUGAUGGCGGUGUAUUUAGAAAUUCAUCGUUGUGGCAAAAAAUGAGUUCAGAUAGCCUUAAUUUACCGAUGCCAUCACCCCUACCUGGUUCAAAUAAAGACACUCCAUACGUUUUUUUAGGGGAUGGAGCAUUUGCUCUUGAUACGAACCUAAUGAAACCAUAUCCUGGAAAUCAUACACCCGGAUCACCACAACGUAUUUUCAACCAAACAUUAUCAGGCUCCCGAGUUGUGGUAGAAAAUGUGUUUGGAAUAUUAGCGGCAAGAUACAGAAUUUUUAAAAAACCAAUUUCAUUAGCCCCAGAAAAAGUUUCAAUUAUUACCAUGACAUGUAUACUGUUGCAUAAUUUUUUGAGAAGAAGCGAAACUUCAGCAUCAAUAUAUACUCCUCCGGGAACGAUAGACUCAUGUGAUAAUUUUGGUUCUAUAAUUCAACCAGGUUCAUGGAGAAACGAAGUUGUUGGAAAUUGUGCAUUAAGGCCUUUAAAUCAAAUACCGCGAAGAUCAUCAAUGAGCGCAAACCAGAUAAGAGAAGAAUUCACAACAUAUUUUUUUAAUAACAGGCAGUACCAUGGUCAAGUCAACAGAGUAGACUAACUUCAAAAUAAUUUUAAUUAAUUUAAAACUAAAAUACUUCAUUUUGUAAUUAUCAAACAUUUAUAAUAAAAAAAAUUAAUUAAAAAACUAAUUUUAUCUCUUUUUAAAUUUAAGUCGUUAGGUUAGGUUAGGUUAUUUAAUGUACGUACCUGUUCAGUAUUAAUCGUAGCGUUACAAUCAUUAAUAUUCCCUAAAAAACUCUCGAUCUGGUUGAAUAAAAACCAUAUUGGCUGAUAA